GCCAUGCACAAAAAACAUCAAGCUUACAAACUUAGUACUAGUCUACACUUCUACUACCACCACCACCACCCCCAAUUUGAUUGAUUAAGGCCAGUAGACAUGGCCACCGUCACAACACAAGCUUCGGCAGCUCUUUUCCGGCCAUGUGCCUCGAAAUCCAAGUUCCUAACUGGGUCUUCUGGUAAAUUGACUAGAGAAUUGUCCAUUAAACCAAUGGCUUCCACUUCUUCUGGCUCUUUCAAAGUUGAGGCCAAGAAAGGUGAAUGGUUACCUGGGUUGCCCUCACCAACUUAUCUUGAUGGCAGUCUUCCUGGUGACAAUGGGUUUGAUCCUCUGGGACUUGCUGAGGACCCUGAGAACUUGAAAUGGUAUGUUCAAGCUGAGCUUGUCAAUAGUCGUUGGGCUAUGUUAGGUGUUGCAGGAAUGCUACUACCAGAAGUUUUCACAAAGAUUGGGAUUAUUAAUGCCCCACAAUGGUAUGAUGCUGGGAAACAAGAGUACUUUGCAUCCUCAUCAACUCUCUUUGUGAUUGAGUUCAUUUUGUUCCAUUACGUUGAGAUCAGAAGGUGGCAAGACAUCAAAAACCCAGGAUGUGUCAACCAAGACCCCAUCUUUAAGCAAUACAGCUUGCCUCCACAUGAGUGUGGAUACCCAGGAAGCGUUUUCAACCCACUCAACUUUGCACCCACUCUUGAGGCCAAAGAGAAAGAGCUUGCAAAUGGGAGAUUGGCCAUGUUGGCAUUCUUGGGAUUUAUCAUUCAACACAAUGUGACUGGAAAAGGACCAUUUGAGAAUCUCUUGCAGCACAUCUCUGACCCAUGGCACAACACCAUUGUCCAGACACUGAGUGGCUCCUAAGUCCAUUAGUGAUGAUAUCAGAACCUGUUUUAUUUAUUCUGUAACCAUGAGGGCAUGGUUUUUGAGUGAGAUUUGGCAUCAGUGUGAACAAGUAUCCAUGUACAGAACUACAAUGGAAUUAAUAUCUCCAUGCAGAUUACAUCA